CUAUAUUGUAUGUACAUGUACAGUAUAUGCCUUCUGCCUUUGCCGUUCCAGGCGUUGCUUUCCUCAUCGGAGGCCGGGCACCUUACGUCGCACACGCGGGCGGCGUCUUAUUUAAACCCCGAGAAGUCAAUCCCGCCCGCCGGAGGUUUAGACUCGAGGGCUCUAUACUACAAAUAUAUCGUCCAUUAGGUGCUCCAUUGUCGAGCCUUAUUUCGUCUUUCACCUCCCAGUUCUGAUUGCCAUUGCUUGAGAACCAGGAUCACGAACGAAGAUGUCCUUCGAUCGCCUCGUUCGUUUCGUGCCCAAGGGCGACGAUAGCAAGAUCCUCAUCGGCGAGCCGGCCGACAGCUCUGUUGAUGUCGGCGCCGCCGUCCGCAAGGGCGAGGACGUGCAAGUCAAGGUGUACAGCGGCAAGUCGGUGCUGGACGCCGGCUCGCCAACAGGCGAGACAGCCAUCAUCGGUCGCAUUCUCUCGCCUCUAGCCCAGGAGGAGGUUGGGACUAUCCGCUGCAUCGGACUGAACUACAAGAAGCAUGCCGAAGAGGCCAAAAUGAGCAUCCCCGAGAUUCCCACCGUCUUCCUCAAACCGGCAACUUCCCUCGCCGAUCCCUACCCGGCCCCGACUAUCAUCCCCAAGCACACAAUCGCCAGCGACUCGGCCGACUACGAGUCUGAACUGGCCAUCGUGCUGGGUAAGGAGGCGAAGAAUGUCUCGGAAGCCGACGCGCUCGACUAUGUGCUGGGGUACACGGCGAGCAACGACAUUUCGAGCCGGGCGGCGCAGUUUGCCCAGACGCAGUGGUGCUACUCCAAGGGCUUCGACGGCGCCUGCCCGAUUGGUCCUGUGCUUGUGAACAAGCGCCUGGUGCCGGACGUGGGAAAGCUGAGGUUGAGGGGGUUGAAGAAUGGGAAAGUGGUGCAGGAUAGCGCGUUGACCGAUCUGAUCUUCUCGGUCGAGCAGAUUGUCAGCUUCCUCUCGCAGGGCACGACGCUCCCCAAGGGCACACUUAUCAUCACAGGCACGCCGGCUGGUGUCGGUUUCGCGCACAAGCCCCAGGAGUUGCUGCACGAUGGGGAUGAAUUUGUCGUGGAGAUCCUGCCACAUAUCGGAAGUUUGUACAAUGUUAUGCGGAACGAGAAAUGAGGAGAGCGAUUCCAUGGAGAGGUAUGAGGCGGAAGGUAUUCGUUAGAAACUGCCAGGUGUUUGGUCUCCAAUAGAGCAUAAAGUUUUAGAGGUUUGCCGAUAUUUUCUUCAGUCUCCGAGUCUACCUCAGCCCAGCAGCGCGGGAAGAUGCUCCUUGAUAUACUCAACCACGGCGUCUGGCCCUUUCUCCACCUGUAGCCCUUGUGGUAGUGAGAAAGUCUUCAGAUCAGGCACGAUCUCUUUGGCAAUGGCAAUAAUCUGCUGAACCUCCUCGGGCGUCCACAUUGAUGCUGUGAACUGCAGGUCUCGUCAGGCCUCCGUUCCGCG